GCGCUCGCGAGCUGUAGGGUGGAGUUUAACACACCGCCUCAAAGCAACGGUGCAGAAAUCACUUCUGACAUUACAUACCAGCAUUUACUCAACAGGAACUUUCUGCUGGGGGACAGGGAUUGUUAAAAUAUUUGUUAUUAUCCGAAGGUGGAAAACUAGAUAUCGAAGAAACCUGAGGAGUAGCAGUGGGACAGUCCCGUAGUGUCAGUCAUGGUGGCGCUGUCGCUGAAGAUCGGGGUGGGGAAUGUGGUGAAGACCAUGCAGUUUGAGCCCUCCACCAUGGUGUACGACGCCUGUCGCAUCAUCAGGGAGAGAGUCCCAGAGGCACAGCUUGGCCAGCCCAGUGACUAUGGCCUGUUCCUGUCAGAUGACGACCCAAAAAAGGGCAUCUGGCUGGAAGCAGGCAAAGCUCUGGACUACUACAUGCUGAGAAAUGGGGACACUCUGGAGUACAAAAAGAAACAGAGACCCCUGAAGAUCCGCAUGUUGGAUGGAACUGUUAAAACAGUUAUGGUGGAUGACUCAAAAAUCGUCAGUGACAUGUUAAUGACCAUCUGUGCCAGAAUAGGCAUCACAAACUAUGAUGAGUACUCACUGGUGCGUGACGUGGGAGAGGAAAAGAAGGAAGAGACCACGGGAACACUGAAAAAAGACAAGACCCUCCUGAGGGAUGACAAAAAAAUGGAGAAACUAAAACAGAAACUUCACACAGAUGAUGAGUUGAAUUGGUUGGAUCAUGGGCGGACACUGCGAGAGCAGGGUGUCGAGGAGUCUGAGAUGCUGCUUCUCAGGAGAAAGUUCUUCUACUCGGACCAGAAUGUGGAUUCCAGGGACCCUGUACAGCUGAACCUGCUCUAUGUGCAGGCCCGUGAUGACAUCCUGAAUGGUUCCCACCCUGUCUCCUUUGACAAGGCCUGUGAGUUUGCCGGAUACCAGUGCCAGAUCCAGUUUGGAGACCACAAUGAGUCUAAACACAAACCUGGAUUCCUUGAUUUGAAAGAAUUCUUGCCGAAAGAGUACGUCAAGAACAAAGGCGAGAAAAGGAUUUUCCAGGCACACAAAAACUACCAAAACAUGACCGAGAUUGAAGCCAAAGUCAGCUACGUCAAACUAGCCAGAUCUCUGAAAACCUACGGAGUGUCCUUCUUCUUAGUCAAGGAAAAAAUGAAAGGAAAGAAUAAGCUUGUGCCACGUUUGUUGGGCAUCACUAAAGAAUGUGUGAUGAGAGUGGAUGAGAAGACCAAAGAGGUGAUACAGGAAUGGAGUCUGACCAACAUCAAACGCUGGGCAGCUUCUCCCAAGAGCUUCACCCUGGACUUUGGAGACUAUCAGGAUGGUUACUACUCCGUUCAGACCACUGAAGGAGAACAGAUCGCACAACUUAUCGCUGGUUACAUUGACAUCAUUCUCAAAAAGAAAAAGAGCAAAGAUCACUUCGGCCUGGAGGGCGAUGAGGAAUCAACCAUGUUGGAGGAUUCGGUGUCUCCCAAAAAGUCAACAGUACUCCAGCAGCAGUUUAAUAAAGUUGGGAAGGUGGAGACGGGCUCUGUUGCUCUGCCAGCCAUCAUCCGCUCUGGUGCCGGAGGUCCAGAGAACUUCCAGACGGGCUCCAUGCCGCAGGCCAAACAGCACAUCACCAGUGGGCAGAUGCACAGAGGACACAUGCCCCCUCUGACAUCAGCUCAGCAGGCUUUGACUGGCACCAUUAACUCCAGCAUGCAGGCGGUACAGGCAGUUCAGGCCUCUCUCGAUGAGCUUGAUGCCCUGCCUCCGCUGGGCACUGAUGCGGCAUCUCAAGCAUGGAGGAAAAACAAAAUGGACGAGUCCAAACAUGAGAUUCACUCUCAGGUGGACGCCAUCACUGCGGGAACUGCCUCCAUGGUCAAUCUGACUGCAGGUGACCCAGCAGAGACGGAUUACACCGCUGUGGGCUGUGCCGUCACCACCAUCUCCUCCAACCUGACGGAGAUGUCUAAGGGCGUCAAACUGCUGGCAGCGCUGAUGGAGGACGAGGGAGGAAAUGGCCAGCAGCUCCUGGGUGCUGCGAAAAACCUGGCGUGUGCUGUGUCUGAUAUGCUCAAGACCGCUCAGCCCUCCAGUACUGAGCCACGACAGAACCUCCUGCAAGCAGCGGGUAAUGUGGGUCAGGCCAGUGGUGAACUCCUGCAGCACAUUGGAGAGUCCGAUGCGGAUCAGCACUUCCAGUCUGUAGGUACAGCAGCGUUCACACACUCCAGACGGAUACGCUAUAGUCAAAUGCUGGACAUGCUGAUGCAGUUGGCAAAGGCUGUGGCUAAUGCAGCAGCGGCUCUGGUGUUAAAGGCCAAGAAUGUAGCUCAAAAAACAGAAGAUUCAGCUCAACAAAACCGAGUGAUUGCUGCUGCCACCCAGUGCGCCCUCUCCACAUCACAGCUGGUGGCCUGCACACGAGUGGUGGCUCCUACCAUCAGCUCACCCGUGUGUCAGGAGCAGCUCAUCGAGGCUGGGAAGCUGGUGGCUAAGUCUGUUGAGGGCUGUGUGGAGGCGUCGCAGGGGGCGACCAAUGACGAGCAGCUGCUCAAACAGGUGGGCGUGGCUGCCACAGGUGUCACUCAGGCUCUCAAUGAGCUGUUACAGCAUAUUAGACAGUACGCCAGUGGAGGACAGCCAAUCGGACGACACGGAGAGGCUACCGACCGCAUCCUGGAUGUGACGGACAACAUCUUCAGCUCCAUGGGAGACGCAGGGGAGAUGGUGCGGCAGGCGCGAAUCCUUGCUCAGGCCACCUCAGAUUUGGUCAAUGCUAUCAAGGCAGACGCGGAGGGUGAGACUGACCUCGAGAACUCCCGCAAACUCCUGUCUGCAGCCAAACUCCUGGCUGACGCCACAGCCAAGAUGGUGGAAGCUGCAAAGGGUGCAGCUGCUAACCCAGACAGCGAGGAGCAGCAGCAGAAGCUGCGUGAAGCUGCGGAGGGUCUACGCAUGGCCACCAAUGCUGCUGCACAGAAUGCCAUUAAAAAGAGACUCGUCAACAAACUGGAGAAUGCGGCAAAACAGGCAGCGGCAGCCGCCACUCAGACUAUAGCUGCGGCCCAGAACGCUGCUUCCUCUAACAAGAACCCUGCAGCCCAGCAACAGCUCGUACAGAGCUGCAAGAUGGUGGCGGAACAGAUCCCUCAGCUGGUUCAGGGUGUGAGAGGUAGUCAGGCUCAGCCCGACAGCCCCAGCGCUCAGCUCGCCCUGAUCGGAGCCAGUCAGAACUUCAUGCAGCCCGGCGCGAAAAUGGUGACCGCAGCCAAAGCAACAGUUCCAACCAUCAGUGACCAGGCAUCUGCCAUGCAGCUCAGUCAGUGUGCCAAAAACCUCGCCAGCGCUCUGGCUGAGCUUCGCACGGCCGCACAGAAGGCUCAGGAGGCAUGUGGUCCUCUGGAGAUUGAUAAUGCUCUCACAAUGGUACGGGGGCUGGAGAGGGACAUGCAGGAAGCCAAAGCUUCAGCUGCUGAGGGCAAACUUAGACCCCUGCCUGGAGAAACGAUGGAGAAGUGUUCUCAGGAUCUGGGCUCCAGCACUAAAGCCGUGAGCUCUGCUAUUGCUCAGCUCCUCAGUGAAGCCACCCGAGGCAAUGAGAACUACACAGGUAUGGCUGCUCGUGACGUGGCUCAGGCUCUACGUUCGCUGGCUUCAGCUGCUCGUGGAGUGGCCGCCAACACUGAGGACCCUCAUGCCCGAAACGCCAUGCUGGACUGCACCGGGGAUGUCAUGGACAAAUCUGCCAGCCUGAUCGAGGAGACCAAGAGAGCCAUCGCCAAACCAGGAGACCCUGACAGCCAGCAGAGAUUGGCCCAGGUAGCUAAAGCUGUGUCUCAGGCACUGAACCGCUCUGUAAACUGUCUGCCAGGGCAGAGAGAUGUGGAUAAUGCUAUCAGGACUGUUGGAGAAGCCAGCAAGAAACUCCUGUCUGAUAAAUUCCCAGUGAGCGGGAAGAGUUUCCAGGAGGCUCAGUCAAAUCUGAACGAAGCUGCAGCCGGACUGAACCAGUCAGCCAAUGAACUGGUGCAGGCGUCACGUGGCACUACCCAGGAUCUGGCCAAAGCCUCCGGGAAGUUCGGCAAAGACUUUAACCACUUCCUGCAGGCUGGAGUGGACAUGGCUGGACAAUCCCAAUCUAAAGAGGACCAGACUCAAGUGGUCACCAACCUGAAGACCAUCUCCAUGUCCUCCAGCAAACUCCUGCUGUCUGCUAAAGCACUGUCUACAGACCCCAACUCACCAAACCUGAAAAACCAGCUCGCUGCUGCCGCUCGCGCGGUGACAGACAGCAUUAAUCAGCUGAUCAGCAUGUGUACCCAGCAGGCUCCGGGACAGAAGGAGUGUGACAACGCUCUCCGUGAGCUUGAGACGGUUGGAGGAAUGCUGGAGAAUCCUACAGAAGCCGUCAAUGAUCUGGGCUAUUUUGACUGUAUUGACAGCGUGAUGGAGAACUCAAAGGUUUUGGGUGAGGCCAUGGCUGGCAUUUCCCAUAAUGCCAAAAACAGUAACUUGCCAGAGUUUGGAGACUCUGUCAGUUCAGCGUCUAAAGCGUUGUGUGGUCUCACUGAGGCAGCUGCUCAGGGGGCGUAUCUGGUGGGUGUGUCUGACCCGAACAGUCACGCUGGGCAGAAGGGUCUUGUGGACCCCUCACAGUUCGCCAGAGCCAAGCAGUCGAUCCAGAUGGCCUGUCAGAACCUAGUGGACCCGGCCUGCACCCAGUCCCAGGUCCUCUCUGCUGCCACAAUUGUUGCUAAACACACUUCGGCCUUGUGCAAUGCCUGCCGACUCGCCUCCUCUAAAACAUCCAACCCAGUUGCUAAGAGACAGUUUGUCCAGAGUGCCAAAGAAGUGGCAAACAGCACAGCCAACCUCGUUAAGUCCAUCAAAGCUCUUGAUGGGGCCUUUAACCAGGAGAACAGACAGAAGUGUAAGGAAGCCACUGGGCCACUCAUCGAGGCUGUGGAUAACCUGACUGCCUUCGCUUCAAACCCAGAGUUUGCUAGCGUACCUGCACAGAUCAGCCCAGAGGGUCUAGCAGCAAUGGAGCCCAUCGUAGCAGCCGCUAAGAGCAUGCUGGAGAGCUCUACAGGCCUGAUCCAGACGGCCCGCUCUCUGGCCGUCAACCCCAAAGAUCCACCCAAGUGGUCUGUGCUGGCUGGACACUCAAGAACCGUGUCUGAUUCUAUCAAGAAACUCAUUACCAACAUGAGGGAAAAGGCUCCAGGUCAGAGGGAGUGUGAUGACGCCAUUGAGGUUCUUAAUAACUGCAUCCGUGAGGUGGACAAGGCCUCGCUGGCAGCCAUCAGCCAGCAGCUCACGCCAAGAGACGACAUUUCCCAUGAGGCUCUUCACGAGCAGAUGGCAGCGUCUGUGAAUGAGAUCAGUAACCUGAUUGAACCGGUGGCCAUUGCAGCCCGUGCUGAUGCAUCUCAGCUGGGUCACAAGGUGUCUCAGAUGGCCAGUUACUUUGAGCCGCUCAUCAUGGCUGCCAUCGGUACAGCGUCUAAGAUCCUGAACAGCCAGCAGCAGAUGAGCGUGCUGGAUCAAACCAAGACUCUGGCUGAGUCUGCCCUACAGAUGCUCUACACGGCCAAAGAGGCUGGAGGAAACCACAAGGCGGCUCACACACAGGAGGCUCUGGAGGAGUCGGUUCAGAUGAUGAAGGAGGCGGUGGACGAUCUGGCCGCGACUCUGGCAGAGGCGGCCAGCGCUGCAGGAGCUGUGGGAGGAAUGGUCAACUCCAUCACUCAAGCCAUCAAUAAAAUGGAAGACGGGCCCGGAUUUGAACCUGAAGGGACGUUUGUGGAUUAUCAGACCACGAUGGUGAAGACGGCCAAAGCUAUCGCUGUCACCGUUCAGGAGAUGGUUACCAAAUCCAACGCCAACCCUGAUGAGCUGGGCGGUUUGGCCAAUCAGCUGACCACAGAGUUCGGUGACCUGGCAUCAGAGGCCAAAUGUGCAGCCAUGACUGCUGAAAGCGAUGAGAUCGGUUCUCACAUCAAGAAGCAGGUGACAGAGUUGGGCUACAGCUGCACUGGUCUGGUCAGUAAAGCAGGAGCUCUUCAGUGCAGUCCAAAUGACUCCUACACCAAGAAGGAGCUCAUCGACAGCGCUCGGAAAGUCUCCGAGAAGGUAUCUCACGUGUUGGCAGCUCUUCAAGCGGGUAAUCGUGGCACUCAGGCCUGCAUUACCGCUGCCAGUGCUGUAUCUGGCAUCAUCGCUGAUCUGGACACCACCAUCAUGUUUGCUACUGCAGGCACUCUCAACCGAGAGAACGCUGAGACGUUUGCAGAUCACAGAGAGCACAUCUUGAAGACAGCUAAAGUUCUGGUGGAGGACACUAAGCUGUUGGUGUCUGGAGCCGGAGCAAGUCAAGAGAAGCUGGCUCAGGCUGCACAGUCGUCCGUUAACACCAUCACCAAACUGGCUGAUGUGGUCAAACUGGGAGCAGCGAGUUUGGGCUCUGAAGACCCUGAAACACAGGUGGUCCUGAUCAAUGCAGUGAAGGACGUGGCUAAAGCUCUGGGUGACCUGAUCAGCGCCACGAAAGCAGCGGCUGGGAAACCUCACGAUGAUCCCGCCAUGUUACAGCUCAAGAACUCUGCUAAGGUGAUGGUGACAAACGUGACAUCUCUACUGAAGACGGUGAAGGCCGUGGAGGACGAGGCCACUAAAGGCACACGAGCACUAGAGGCCACCAUUGAGCACAUCAAACAAGAGCUGGCUGUGUUCCGCAGUCCAGAUCCUCCUCCAAAGACAUCCACUCCAGAGGAAUUCAUCCGCAUGACCAAAGGCAUCACGCUGGCUACGGCUAAAGCAGUGGCUGCGGGGAACUCCUGCCGUCAAGAGGACGUGAUCGCCACUGCUAACCUUAGCAGACGAGCCAUCGCUGACAUGCUGCACUCCUGCAAGCAAGCGGCAUUCCACCCGGAGGUGAACCGUGAUGUUCAGGCUCGAGCGCUGCGCUUCGGCUCUGAAUGUGCCACUGGUUACCUGGGCCUGCUGGAGCAUGUGUUAGUGAUCAUUCAGAAACCCUCUCAUGACCUUAAACAGCAGCUGGCGAACUACUCCAAACGUGUGGCCAGUUCAGUGACGGAGCUCAUACAGGCUGCGGAGGCCAUGAAAGGUACAGAGUGGGUAGAUCCCGAAGACCCGACCGUCAUCGCCGAAAAUGAGCUGCUGGGGGCCGCAGCUGCCAUUGAAGCUGCCGCCAAGAAACUAGAGCAGCUCAAACCUCGAGCCAAACCCAAGGAAGCUGAUGAGAGUCUUAACUUUGAAGAACAGAUUCUGGAAGCAGCCAAAUCCAUCGCUGCAGCCACCAGCGCUUUGGUCAAAGCUGCAUCUGCCGCUCAGAGAGAACUGGUGGCCCAAGGGAAGGUCGGGGCGAUUCCAGCAAAUGCGGUGGAUGAUGGACAGUGGUCUCAGGGUCUCAUUUCAGCUGCCCGUAUGGUGGCCGCAGCUACUAACAACCUGUGCGAGGCGGCCAACUCUGCCGUUCAGGGUCAUGCCAGUGAAGAGAAACUCAUUUCUUCAGCCAAACAGGUGGCAGCAUCCACCGCACAGCUGCUGGUGGCCUGUAAGGUCAAGGCUGACCAGGACUCCCAGACCAUGAAGAGACUGCAGGCUGCUGGUAAUGCCGUCAAGAGGGCAUCAGAUAACCUGGUGAAGGCAGCACAGAAGGCUGCAUUUGAGGCUCAAGAUGAUCAGGCUGUGAUGGUGAAGAGCAAGAUGGUGGGCGGUAUUGCUCAGAUCAUCGCUGCUCAGGAGGAGAUGCUCAGGAAGGAGAGAGAGCUGGAAGAAGCCAGGAAGAAGCUGGCCAUGAUCCGUCAGCAGCAGUACAAGUUCCUGCCGUCAGAGCUCAGAGAGGAUGGACAGGAGCAGUGAGCCGCACCAGAGACUAAUCAAUGACAUUACACAAGAGUAUGAGAAAAGUAAUUAAUGAUAUGCAAUGAGUAAAAAGUGAACAGUGUAUCAGGUUGUCUAUUUUAAGUAUUUUGUUUAUUUCUGUCACUUUUAUGAGCAUUGCCAUGCCAGCUUUAUUGUUUUGUUGUAUUUUGAAAAUAUGCCACAUAUACAAGUUAUUUUUAAUUUGUUCUAAAAGAUCUAUUUUUUUCCCCCAUACUAGAUAGAUUAGAUCAGCAGUUUUGAAAGCUUGUGAUCAUGGCAGGGGCACAACAGUGUUUGUAAUGUCUAGUAAGCUUUUCUUUUUUUUCUUUUUUCUUUUUUUUGUGGCAAUGUGGACCAGUGGUGCAAUCAUUAACUUUGCGUUGAAACAAUUCAUAGAGAAAACAUAUCAUUUUCUAAAGAAAAGAAUAAUAAAGCUUUGAAACGUUAUAAAUAGAGUAUCUCCUGUUAAUGUUUUUGCAGUGUCAAUGUUUGCGUUUGUGACAACUUGGUCUACUGGCAUUUCUAUCAAAAGUAUAUCUUUUAUAAAGCAUCAAAGCCAUAUUUCCAUUUUUUGCUUUUAUAAUGUGUUUUGUUUUUUUGUUCUUUUGUUCCAAUUCACUGUUGAUGUAAUUCCCAUCCAGAUGUAUACAGACAAUAUUAGAUUAAAAUGAUUUGCAGCAGAAGAAUUGGUUAAUUAAAUGGUUGUUUAUCAAAGAAUAAUCAGAGUAAUUAUAAAGAACUGUUUUAAAAGAAAUGAUAAAGACUGUUAUUAAUGGAUCAAAUACAUAAACAGUUUGAGUUUUUGCCAUUACUGCCUUUCCUGUUGCAUUCAGUAUAUUCUGAAUCUUUCCUGCUUUUAUAUUUUAUAAUUGUGUAUUUAACAGUUUCUCACCUAAAAUAAGCAAACGCACUUAGUCAUGUGUUUAACUAAAAACUCAAUUAUAAAUUCACUGUUUUGCAAAUA